GCGAAGUGUCAGCGCUAAAUGAAGACCGAGGAAGUGUCGUGUCUUACGGCGUAACAGUUUAAGUUUUAUUGCGAGUGUGUUCCGAUAAUGCUGGGCGGUAAAACCUGAUGAAGUUCACCAGAGAUAUCUGCCGGCUGCUGGGCUUAGGAGGCGAUGGGCCAGGUGAGGAUGAGAUGGAGGCUCAGGACGGUGCUCCUGACCAAACAGACAAAAGAAAAGGCCAAGACUCAUCACAGGUCAUGCUGAACAAUGAGGAAGGUCUGGAUGAUGAGGAGAAAGCACGGAGGAAAGCUGAGAGGAAGAGAAGGCAGAAAGAACGGAAGAAGCUGGAGAGGGAGGAGAGGAUGGAGGAUGUUUUAGAGCAGGAAGAAGAAGAAGCGGCCGGAGCGGGGUCAGAGAGUAACAGUGAGGAGGAAUUCAGAGUGGAGGAGAAAUGGACCGAGGUUCGUCCCAGAAACAAAUGCAGCCCUGAAUCAGUCCCCGCCCUCGUGACCGGGGAGAACAAGAGCAAGUUACCUCACAGGACCUCAGAGGAGGAGCCGGAGUGGGACGUCAGCAGCGCGUUUGUGGCUAACGCUGCCAGCCACAUCAAACUCAAGGGCCUGAAGAGCCGAACGGCACAGAUCACCAGAGAGAACAAGGAGAACGAGGCCAGGAGCAACCAGGGAGAGAGCACAAAGGAAAUGAAGAGGAGGGGAGAGUCUCUGACAGAGCAGGGCAUCCAGAUGUUCCAGCAAGGCCAGUACAGCCAGGCAGUGCACAUGUUUACAGAAGCCAUCUACUGUGACCCCAAGGACCACAGGUUCUAUGGGAAUCGCUCCUACUGUUACUGGUGUCUGGAGCAGUACCACGCCGCCCUAUCAGACGCUCAGAGGUCCAUCGAGCUGGCUCCUGAUUGGCCGAAGGGAUACUUCCGUAAGGGGUGUGCCCUGAUGGGGUUAAAGAGGUACAGUGAGGCAGAGAAGGAAAUGGAGCAGGUAUUGAAGUUGGAUCAGGACAUCACAGAAGCGUCCAGUAAACUUGUUACCUGCCGGAUCCUGCAGCUCAUGGUGAGGAGCUUCACGAGAGACCAGAAGGAUUUUAUAAAAGGACAGAUCCACCAGGAACUUCUGGCCUUUUGA